ACAGGGUGACAGGAAAAAGGCACCACCAUAAAAGGACGUCUGCUCAGUUCUCUUAAAGAAACAUGCCCAGCUUAACUAACCUCACUCCGGGCAAACACCGACCGCUCCGACGGAGGCCCUAGCCACCCUCUGAUAUUGACUCUGACCGCUGCUGGAUACAGAGAUGGCUAACAAUUUUACGACACCACUGGCAACUUCUCAAGGCAAUUACUGUGACCUCUAUGCCCACCAGGGCACAGCCAGGGUGUUAAUGCCACUGCAUUACAGUCUUGUCUUUGUCAUUGGUCUGGUUGGAAACCUGUUGGCCUUGGUUGUCAUUGUUCAAAACAGAAAGAAGAUCAACUCGACCACUCUCUAUUCAAUGAACCUGGUGAUUUCCGACAUCCUGUUUACCACAACUUUACCCACCCGGAUAGCCUACUAUGCCCUGGGUUUUGACUGGAGGAUGGGUGAUGCCCUGUGCCGGAUAACUGCUCUGCUGUUCUACAUCAACACGUACGCAGGUGUGAACUUCAUGACCUGCUUGAGCAUAGACCGCUUCUUUGCCGUGGUGCACCCUCUGCGCUACAACAAGAUUAAGAGAAUCGAGUAUGCAAAGGGCGUCUGCGUGUUCGUCUGGAUUCUGGUGCUCGCUCAGACCCUGCCACUGCUCAUCAAGCCCAUGUCAAAGCGAGAGGCCGACAAGACGACGUGCAUGGAGUAUCCAAAUUUUGAGGAGACGCGCUCUCUGCCAUGGGUCCUGCUCGGAGCCUGUCUGCUGGGGUACGUGCUGCCCCUCGCCAUCAUCCUCAUCUGCUACUCGCAGAUCUGCUGCAAGCUCUUCACGGCUGCCAAGCAGAACCCGCUGACGGACAGGUCGGGGGUGAACAAAAAAGCUCUGCACACGAUCGUCCUCAUCAUCGCUGUGUUCGUUCUCUGCUUCACGCCCUACCACAUCGCCAUCAUCCAACACAUGGUCACGAAGCUCUGCACCCCGGGCGGCCUGGACUGCGGCCCCAGGCACUCCUUCCAGGUCUCCCUGCACUUCACCGUGUGCCUGAUGAACUUCAACUGCUGCAUGGACCCCUUCAUAUACUUCUUCGCGUGCAAAGGGUACAAGAGAAGGGUCAUGAAGAUGCUGAGACGUCAAGUGAGUGUGUCAAUUUCCAGCGCAGUGAGGUCAGCCCCUGAAGAAAAUUCACGAGAAAUGACGGAGUCGCAGCUGAUGAUCCACUCCAAGGCCUCCAAUGGAAGGUAAAGGGCGC